GUCCAAAUCACUUCUCGCAAAGUCGCAAUUAAAGAUUGGAUCGUUGACUUCUAUCAUUAAACCGGCGCCGGUCGCCGUCUCGCCAGCCGGCCUGCCGCCGUCUUUUCUCCUCCUCCUCCUGCCAAACCGACGCCGCCUUUCUACCUCCGCUCCACUUCAUCUUACUACCGCCCGAGAAAUAAUAGACCCAUUAAUUUCAAAAGUCUUCGAGAAGUCCAAGGCCAAGGGUGGAAACUAAUACAUUGCCAAGAUGUUGAAUUAAUUAUAAGAACGGUUGAAAUAAAGUGGAGUCAAAACCAAUCUCUCUCUUUCUCACUUUUGUCUGCCUCCUUGUUCUCCCCAAAUUGAGAGUAGCAGCAUGAUGAUAAUCUUGAUGGUGAAGCUUGUUGUAGAAGGUAGCUGAUGGAUUCUUUGGAACGCGAAAAAAAGAGCUGCCUCCUUUACCAAUCCGAGCCGCAAAUCUCAUGAAUUCUCGGGAAUCCCAAAAGAUUUCACUUGCCGAAGUUACAAGCUCUCAUAAAAGGACCCGCUUUACCACUCGCUUAUCGUACGCUGCGGUUAUGAAGAAGAAGGGGGACAAAUUCGCCUAUGAUUUCAGUCAAAGAUUGAAUUUUGGGUUCUUGGUGUUGUUCUUCUUCUUGGAUGCUGCUACGCUCACCGAUUCCCAGAGCUGCAGCUCCGCGGACUUAAUCGCCCUGCAACGCUUCUCCAGAGGCUUGGAUUCUGGGAUUCCGGGAUGGAGCCUCAAUGCAUCUGAUUCCGAUUGCUGCAGCUGGGAUGGUGUUUCUUGUGACAAUUCCGGAGUCAUUGGAGCUAGAGUUGUUGGAUUGGAUCUCCGAAAUAGGAGCUUGAAAGGGUUCUUGUCUGAUUCUUUGGCAGAUUUGGUUCUUCUCUCAAGCCUCAACCUUUCCUUUAACUCUCUUCGAGGCACUGUUCCAUCAGGGCUCUUCUAUAUUACCGGACUGAAGCACCUCGACCUCAGCAUGAACAAGCUCUCGGGGUCGAUUCCUCCGGAUUCAUUCCUUCCCUCCAUCGAAGUCUUCAAUAUUUCUUAUAAUGCUUUCAGCGGCAAGCGCCCAAUUUUUUUUGGGUCUACGAGGUUGCUGGCUCUCGACAUCAGUUUUAAUAAGUUCUCCGGUGGCAUUGACGCCGCAAUCUGCAACUCUUCAGCUCAAAUUCAAGUCCUCCGGUUCUCGGCAAACUCAUUCUCUGGCGAAUUCCCUCCCGGAUUCGGCAACUGUGCUUUUCUCGAAGAGCUCUGCGUGGAUGUGAAUGAGGUGAAUGGGACUUUGCCGGACGAUUUGUUCAAGUUGUCGUCUUUGAGAAGGCUGCGAUUGCAGGGGAAUUCGCUCUAUGGCUUGCUCAGCUCAAGCAUAGGUAAUCUCUCCAACCUUGAGCUCUUGGACCUUUCAUUUAAUUCAUUCUCCGGCAGGAUCCCCAAUGCUUUCCGCGGACUGACAAAACUCAAGUACUUAUCUCUUCAGUCCAACAGUUUCAGUGGUCAUUUGCCAUUCACUUUGUCCAACUUAUCACCACUGGUUUUGCUCAACUUGAAGAACAACUUACUCACCGGCGAGAUCGCUCUCAAUUGCAUGGCAAUGAAUCAGCUUAGCUCCCUCGAUCUCGGGACCAACUUCUUCAGUGGCUCCAUUCCUCACAAUCUGUCUCAGUGUGUGGAGUUGAGGACCCUGAAUCUAGCCCGAAACAACCUAACCGGCGAAGUUCCGACCAGUUUCCGGAACCUUGGCUCGCUGUCUUAUCUCUCACUUUCUAAUAACAGCUUGUCCAACAUAUAUUCUGCCUUGCUGAUCCUGCAGGAAGUGCAAAGCCUUACUGGUUUGGCACUCACAAGGAACUUCCAUGGCGAUGAGAGGAUUCCGAUGGAGGGAAUUCGAGGAUUCGGAAAGAUACAACUUCUGGCUAUAGCAAACUGCGGCCUUUUGGGAUCCAUUCCACCUUGGUUGUCCAAUCUGAGCGAGUUAAAUGUUCUAGACCUGUCGUGGAAUCAUUUGGAAGGGAGUAUACCUUCAUGGAUAGGGACUCUCGAGCACCUCUUCUACUUGGAUUUGUCGAAUAACUCGCUGAGUGGAGAGAUUCCAGUCAGUUUGACACAGAUGAAAAGCCUAAUAUCCGGCAAUAGCAGCUCGAGUUUUGGACCCCCAAAUGAGGACUUCCCUUUCUUUGUGAAGAAGAACAUUAGUGGCCAGGGAUUGCAGUAUAAUCAAGUCGGUAGCUUCCCACCAUCCAUAAUUCUGAGCCAGAACAUGCUCGCUGGUCCAGUUUUACCGGGUUUCGGGAACCUCAAGAGGCUCCACGCGCUUGAUCUGAAGCAAAAUAGGCUGUCAGGGAACAUCCCGGAUGAGUUAUCAGGCAUGUCUAGUUUGGAAGCUUUGGAUUUGUCACACAACAUUCUCAGCGGAACCAUUCCUUCCUCACUCACCAAGCUCAGCUUUCUAUCGAGUUUCGACGUGGCCUACAACAAUCUGUCGGGUCCGAUCCCCACAGGAGGCCAGUUUUCGACUUUCUCGACUUCAGAUUUUGAGGGCAAUCCAGGCCUCUGUGGCUUUCACUCGAAACUCUGUGAUUCUGAUCAAAGGCACGAGGGGCGGACUGUUCAAAGGAGAAGAAACAAAGGUGUGAUCAUAGGACUCGCCUCUGGAAUUGGACUCGGAACAUCUUCUCUUCUUGCUUUCGUCUACUUCCUCGUGUCGAGGAACCACCGCAAUCGACAGGAUGAUGGUCCGAAGGUGGCAGACUAUUCCAAUUCGAACAAUUUCAGUGAUUUGGAGGGAGCGGAAUCCAGAUUGGUGCUUCUGUUUCGUAACAUGAACAGCGACAGCGAGUUGAGCAUCGGUGACAUCUUGAAAUCCACCAACCAUUUUGAUCAAUCCAACAUCAUCGGCUGCGGAGGCUUCGGCCUUGUUUACAAGGCCAUCCUUCCCGAUGACAGAAAGGUGGCUAUCAAGCGCCUUUCCGGCGACUACUUCCAAAUGGAGAGGGAAUUCCAGGCCGAGAUUGAGACGCUUUCGCGAGCUCAACAUCGAAACCUUGUGCUUCUUCAAGGAUACUGCAAGAUUGGCAGCGACAGACUCCUCAUCUAUUCUUACAUGCAAAAUGGGAGCUUGGACUACUGGCUUCAUGAAAAACCUGACGGCGGCACGAUACUGAAUUGGCACAGAAGGCUUCAGAUCGCACAGGGCUCGGCCAGGGGACUGGCCUACUUGCACCAAUCUUGCGACCCACACAUCUUGCACCGUGACAUCAAGUCUAGCAACAUCCUGCUGGAUGAGAACUUCGAGGCUCAUUUGGCCGACUUCGGGCUCGCGAGGCUGAUAUUUCCCUACGAGACUCAUGUCACCACGGACUUGGUUGGCACAUUGGGCUACAUUCCUCCCGAGUAUGGCCUGUCUUCGGUAGCCACUUUCAAGGGCGAUGUGUACAGCUUCGGCGUCGUGCUGCUGGAGCUACUCACCGGUAAACGGCCGGUCGAUAUGUGCAAGCCGAAAGGGGGGAGGGAGCUGAUAUCAUGGGUGCUUCGGAUGAAGGAGGAAAAGAGGGAAGUGGAGGUGUUCGAUCCUCAGAUUUACGAUAAGUCGCUGUUCUACCAACUGAUGAAGAUGCUUGAGAUUGCCUGUGUUUGCCUGAGUGAUUCGCCAAAGAUGAGGCCUCUGUCAAAGCAGCUAGUGGCAUGGCUUGACAGCAUUGGCACAGAUUAGCAACUCGGAGAAAUAAGAGAUCCUUUUUUUCUUUCUUUCUUUUCUUGUUCGACCUUUUGUGAUCAGGAAUGGAUUAAGAUGUUCGAAUAACCCGUGCGUAAAUUCUAAGAAGCUUAAUUGAUCUCCUGCUCACAAUGCUCACUUUUACAAAACAGAAUUUUACAGAUAUAGAAUUGAUGGAAAUUUACAUCUUAAAAGGAAUUACUAGUUUUUCA